GGGGGCUGUCUGCCUCAUAGCCCACGCAAACAGGAGUUUCAUUGAUCCGCGUCGUUUUUUUUCUUUCCACGGUUCUCACUCUCGUCCCGCUGCAGGGCGGUAAGCCGAGCUGAAUGUCGUCUCCUCAGCUGAUGAUAAGAGCAAGUGAAAUUUCAACUGUCAUCAGCUGUCGAGAAUCGGAGACCUAAUAUGAAUUUGGCGUUUCUCGCUGCGUUGAUAGCCGCGCUUUUGAUUGCGACGAGCGGCGUGUGUUCGUGCAGCAGCGUCCCUGCGUUCAUCCUGCCGUUCACGGACUGUUUGCACAGCCACGGGAAAGACGGUUCCUACCGGGGAGCGAUAGACGUCACAGAGUCCGGGAGCCGGUGCAUGAACUGGACUGAGGUGCCCGGCUUCAAAGAGCGCUACCCGGGCAAAGGAAUAGGAGAGCACAACCACUGCCGCAACCCGGACGGCAGGAUAAGACCAUGGUGCUUUUUUAGGAACUACAAAGGCAGAGUGGACUGGGGCUACUGCGACUGUAAACAAGGUAAACAAACAGGCCUUAAGACACAUAUUCUCCGGUAAUAUUGCAUUGUAAGGAUUCACAAUCUAAAUAUAAAAACCCAAAAUGACAGGGAUUUGUGAUUGAAAAGUCAUAAUAGAAAUCAUCAGGUUUCAGUCAGCAAGAUACAUUUAACACGCUGGCUUCAGACCAUCUUUAUUGGGGCAAUAAGUGGAGAAAUACUGACAGCUUUCUUACCCCAGCUAUGUUAAACUCAGGAAGCCCAUCCCUAAGUGAUUAAAUAGGACACACCCUGAAUGUCCCAGGUGUGUGCACAGUGCAAGCAGAUGGCAAGUCUAAGCACAUCUGUGGUAAAAUGUGAACAGGUAGUUUGUUUUUAUGGUGAGUUUUUAUCAACAAAGUCCAGAGAUCAACUCUGUCAAUAAGGCCAAAUCGUGUUUUUAGUGGGUCUAUGGGUGCACAUUCUUCAUGAUGCUUUGAUGAAUAUUGAAGAGAUACUAGGUCCUGUGUCUCUGGCUUGAUGGAAGGUAGCAAAGUAAGAGGGUGGUGAAAGGUGUGUUUGGUUUCCACCUGGCAGGAGAAAAAAGUGGCCUGGAGUAUUUAUAGUCUUGGAGUAUGCCAGUAUGCAUUUGUUAUUUAUCUUCUGCUAAAUGAUACAAGGCACAUACAGUAUAUGCAUCAAUUCAGUUAUAUGAGAUGUUGGAUUAAAAACCUAAAUGGGGUUGUUUGAUACAAUUUUUAGACACUGCUUAUUCUACAGGUGUGAAAUACUCUUCAGUAGGUUUCUCUAUACGUGUGUGUGUGUGUGUGUGUGUGUGUGUGUGUUUGUAUUUGGGCCUACAACAGCACUAUUCUCUAUAGGGAUAAUUACUAUUCCUUUAAAUACUAGAUCGGUAAUAGAAAUAAAGCUAUUCUCACUAUAAACAUAUAACCAAACCAACUGUCACCAUGUGUUAAAUGUAGAAAUGUAUCAUCAUGGAAAUAUAUUGAUGAAACAUUCAGUGAAUCGGGUAGAAUUAAUUGUGUGGAGAUGUGACAUUGGACUAAAUAGAAAGAAAAACAUUUCUAAAAACAAAAAACAAUGUCACUUUCAAUAUGUUACUUUCUGGGACUAUUUCUCGGACUAUGUUUUCUCCUUUUACUGGGGAGAGGUAUGCACUUUUAAAACCCUGAUCGACUCAAAACCUAUCAGUGUGCUUUCCUUGUAAAUUUUCAAUGUGAAUUGGGUCUCUCGUCUCCUCCUCAAAACCUAACACUCAGUUGUAGCUCCAUUUUGUCUUUUGUUGCAAUCCCUUAUGAGUUCAAACUUUUGCUGCCUAUUUAGUAAUGUGCUGCUUCUUUUUAUAUCUCCCACUCUCUGUCUCUCUUUCCAUCCUAGGCUCUGUGCGUCUUCAAGGAGGUCGCUCCAAGCUUGAUGGCAGGGUGGAAAUUUAUCUAGGAGGAGUGUGGGGGUCCAUCUGUAGCGACGACUGGGGCGAUGAAGACGCUGCUGUGGUUUGCAGACAGCUGGGCAAGGGGUCAGAGAGCACACACUCAUAGCACGCACUCACACGCUGUGAGACAUUUACUAUACUCUGUUCCAUGUCUGCCCCUCCCUUUCACAUACAUAUUCAGACACAGGUGCAAGCCACAUAACCAUCUCCCUCACAACCUCACAAUGUGAAGCUGCCGUCACAGGCCUGACAGAUGGUUGGUGUAGGAUGGAAAUUUGGUGGGAAUGUAAGAGAAUUUCUCAACUUCAGACGUGCCACAGUCUUUGUACUUUUCUUAUGUGACCUUUGCAUUCCAACCCCCCAUUCCCCAGAGGUAUUCAAAUACCUUUAGUGCUCAGCUAUUUACCUUGUUACAGCUCUCCUUUUGUCUUUGUCCCUUUUAAACAUGUGGGAGAAUUUCUUUUGGUACAAAGUUACAACGAGAGCCACUAAUUUGCUGUUUUAAAAUGAGAGCCCACGGACAGAUUAUACAUUUUGUCAGUACUAAUCAACUGAGUGAUGGCAGUGAGACUGCCCCAGAGAACAGAGGCGUUGUGUGCACUCACUACACAUGUUGAUGCCGCCACCAGUGCUGGCAUGCACACUGACAUGAACACAUGCUUGUGUGUGCAUAUUCACAUAGGAGUCAAUGCAUGUCUGUAGCAGAAAGGAAAGGAAAGAGGACAAAUGUCGGCCAUAUGUCAUCUCGAAUGGUUGGUGAUGACUUUCACGUGGCUAGUUACUGAAAGCUGCUGGGUGUAAAACUGCUGACCGUGUCAGCCCUGGAGAGGCAGAUCAUGAACAUACACAUAGCUUAAAGUUACUGAUAUCAGGCUAAACUGGACACUUCGCUAGCUGCUCUGCUGUGUUGGCCAGGCUCAACUCUCAGGAUGAGAUCUAUCCUGCCACCAAGUAACAUUUUCAUGUUACUUGUUUGCUAGAAUCUAAAUAAACAAAAGAGUUUUUUUUUCUUUGUUUUUGGGCCGUCAUUCAGGAUCUCAGGUCAUGCACGUGCAGUUCCUCUGUUUCGCCCAGGCUUGGCCAAACUUCACUGGAAGGCAGUCCAUUGCCAGGGAGAUGAGCCAGACUUGCUCCAGUGUCCUAAGACCACCUGGAAUGGAGAGGAGUGCACUCUGGCAGCAGCCAUCACCUGCAACCAGCAGCAAGGUAAGCAUUACGAGUGGCGGAGCCAGGUUUGCAUUACCUUCACAGAGCAUGGUAACUACCUAGUUUGAAUGAUUGUUUGGGAUACAAUAAAAAAGGUUCCUUAAAUUGUGUCACCUUUUAUAGAUCUCUGAAACGUGUAUUUACUUCCCUGUGCCUUUUAGCUGUAGUAGCACUUCCCAUUCGGCUUGUGGGAGGUGGAUCAAGAUCAGAGGGAACUGUGGAGGUCUUCCAUGCAGGUCAAUGGGGUACCAUAUGUGAUGACCAAUGGGACGACAGUGAUGCGGAGGUGGUGUGCCGACAGCUUGGACUGAGGUGAGUGGGCGCUCCAACCCCCACCCCUACACACAGAUACACAGGUAUUAGAAAUGUUUUCUCUCUCAUUUUUUUACAACAUGAAUUUCAAUCAAUAAGGAGAAAAGGAAAGAAGGGUGGCAGAAACAUAGAGUAGGAAGCUGUGAUGUGUUGAUGUGGGUGUCUAGCCGUCUAUCUCUCUCUCUGUCUCCAAAAGUAUGACAAGUAUUCUUUCCAUUUGGACACACAGAGAGAGGAGCGAGCAGUAAAGAACAUCUGGGGGUCAGAUAGUGAAUCAGGCUCAUUGUUUCUGUGUGAAUUCUAGUACCACAGAGAUAUGCAUAUUUAGCAACUCAACACUCCCCUAAUGUUCCUGUGUGUGUUUUUUUGUGUAUGCCAGUAGGGUGUUGGUGUUGCAGUGUUGAAGUAUGCACAGAUGAGCAGAGAAAGUAAUUUUUCUAAAGUUCUGACUCCUUUCAGGGAGCAAAUACAAUAUCCUAUAAUUCACAUUUUGUGAGCUGGGGUAAGGCAGUACAUCUGUUGUCAGUUGUGUUGUUAUUACUGCAAACCAAACCUUCAAUUCUUACUUGUUUCUUCUCUUUUCUUUGUAGCGGUGUGGCCAGGGCAUGGGGCCAAGCACAUUUUGGCAAAGGCUCAGGCCGUGUGUGGCUGGAUGAGGUGCGCUGCACAGGCAAUGAACUGACUCUGGAGCAGUGUCCCAAAAGUGGCUGGGGGGAGCACAACUGUCUGCACUCUGAGGAUGCAGGAGUGUCCUGCAGCCCUCUUAUAGGUAUCACAACACCUGACCCACCAUUACAACAGUUUCACAAGACACACAAAUGAGCUACACUCAUACUGUACUCCUUUUUACAUAUCGAGCUCUGAAAACAACAACUUUUUCUCACAUUUACCUCGUGGGUACAGUUUUGUUUACAUGUACCCCAGGUAUUGUGAUCCCUUACUACAGAAAAUCCAAAAUGUUUUACUGAAAAAUUAGGGGAAUAAGACGCACUUUUGACAACUUUGUUGUCAUCUAAAAAGUCAGCUGUGUCCUCUAGACCUGUAACCAACAAACCAGAACACAAUUCAAAGAGAGUUUAUUUGGUCGUUUCCAAACCUUUUUCUCUUUACGCCCCCUCCUCAGAUUUGUGCAUUUUUAUUUUUUUUGACGAACAAUAAUCUCAAACUUGGUCAUCUGUCUUUUAACACAAAGAAAGGCCUUGACUUUUAAUCCCUGUUUAUCUGUGUCUGUGUGCCUGUCUCUCUCCCCCUAGAUGGUACUGUCAGGCUGGCAGGAGGUGUAGGCAGCAAUGAGGGACGUUUAGAAGUCUUCUACCGAGGUCAGUGGGGGACAGUGUGUGACGACGGCUGGACAGACUCAAACACACUAGUGGUGUGUCGACAACUUGGUUACAGGUAAUGUAAAUUUGUGCCAAUAGCAGGGACAUGUAUGUCCCUCAGAACAAAUAUAUUACUCAGAUGACGUGAAUGUGUCUGCCUUCCAGAUUAGGUGAAACUCUCCUCUCUGAGGGACUCGACAUCACUCCAGUCCCACGCUUUGGGAUGGGGUCAGGUCCUAUUCUUUUGGAUGAUGUGAGCUGCACAGGGAAGGAGCCUAGCCUGUUACUGUGCAAUAAGAGGGAGUGGCUCCGUCAUGACUGCACACACCAUGAGGAUGUUAACAUCGCAUGCAGCCCUGAACGCAUCAGAGAAAGUCUCCCAACUAGUAAGACAGAAUUUUAUCUCACUCCAAGACAAACAAGGAAAGGUUGUAUAUUGGAAAAAUGAGAGUUUCAAAAAAGAGUUUUAGGGUAACAUUCAAGAGCAGUCCACUUGCAGACUCAGUUUUGGCUGUCACACCAGAUCAAAAGUCAAAAUUGUAGAUUUUUAGGGCGGUAUUACUUACAAUAUAAAUGAAGUCACUGUCAUAGAACCAUAUUCACAGACAAUUCUCAUUUCAUUUUGGUCCUCCAGAGCUUGAUCUGAAGAAAACAGACUGUAUUUAGCCCCUUUUCCAGCUGUGAUCCAAAAAUGACUUAUCAAUCAAUUGUUGAAAUGCUCUUUUUUUAAGACCGUUUCAUCUGCACAUGAUUUAAUUAACUGAGGAGCCAAAGCCUGCUGUCUUUUGAUCUUCAGUGUGAGUGUAUCACACAACCUAUUUACCUGUAAAUUUCUGAUUUGAUCUGAAUGUUCAGUAUGAUCUCUUAUCUAGUUCAAAUGAGUUUCCAGUUCUGUGGUUAUAUGGGAACUUCUUUAGAGACAAAAAACUGUUACUGUUUGAUUUCCGGGUCCCUCAACUUAAAAAUGAUCAGCCAGGUGAGAAAGGCCUGGAUAGUUGUUAUUUAUUUAACUUUACAUUUCUGUGAUUUGAUAUCAGUAUUAGCCUUUUUAGUUCAUGUGGAAGUUCAACUUUGAAAGAGCAUAUAGUUUUUAAGGUAGUGAAGGAAACAAAACCAUAUGAUGAAGGCCUCCAUGAAACCAGGAAAAAGUUUUAAAUCUAUCCUCUAGAUCUUUGCCAAACUCAACCUGCAGUUAGUUGCAGCUCAUCUUACAUAGAAGAGGAGAGGCGGCACUCUCUGGAUGACAGAUAGAGGAUGAUGUCAGUCAUGCUAACACUUAUAGGCACAGCUGUUAGAAAGCUUUAUAAACUGGGUCGCUUGUAAAGUCUUCAUGAUUAGAUAGACGUUCUUCCAAAAGCCGAUCUUUGGCACGGCUGACGCGUUACGAUGCUAUCAUAAUGUGUUAACGUAGAAUCAGUACAUGUAUAAGAAGAAGAAAAAAGUUCAGUUCACGAAGGAAAAGGUUGAGUGAAAGCCCCAUUAAUCAGCCUUAUAGCUUCCAGCCCUCAGUGAUGACAUGUAAGGAUAGAUCUGGAUGGGAGCAGUCGUGGCUCAAGUUACUUAAACGCAGAAAUGAGUCUGUUACCUCUGUUGAAUGUCAAGGAAAGGAUAUGUCUAGUUCUUAGGUGAUUGCUUGAUUUGGUUUAGGUAGCUGACAUUUUUUGGCAAGACACUGAACGUCACUUUCGCAUGUUUAAUAUUAUAACUGCAGCAAACGCAUUUGUGUUUGUUUAUGUGUUUUAUGAGUGUGAGUAAAUCUCUCCUUUGCCUCAGCAUACCACAGGCUGAUUGGUUUAUGUUGUUUUUGGAAAAGUAGAAAAAGCAGAUAAGCCAGACAGGGCUUUGAACUCUCUCUCUCUUUUACUCUCUCUCACUCUCUGUAGUGAGUGACCGUCACAUUAGAGCUGCAAUAAAGUGUGUGUGAAUGUGUGCGUGUGUGUGUGUGUGUGUGCACGCUGAGAGGUAUUAUACAGUGUUUGUGUUUCUAAGUGAGACAUAGAUGAGCAUUUCCUCAAUAGCAAACACCAGCAAAUAAGUAAACAUUCCCACAAUUACAAACCCCCCCAACCGCCACAGUAUUCACCCCCCUAUGAUUCUUCAGUCUCACACACGUUCAAUGUUUAAAUGCCGGCCAUUCACGUCAUUCUAACAGUUAUUUAUCUAGCCUUUUAAUGCCUUUUGUAUCAUAUUUGAUACAUACUUUAAUGAUACUUCUAUCAAAUCAAUAUGAUCAACAAAUUACUAAAAAAACAUCUGAAUACAGUUUGAUAAAUGAUAAAAAUGUCAUUUUGGUUUAUCAGUUUCCAAAAACAUCUAAUGUAUCAAACAAGACAAAUAUAUAUUUGUUGAAUUUUAAGGACAUUUUGAUUUUUUGGGUUGUCAGUAGUAAAUAAAAUAAACAUUUCAGCCCCCAAAAAACUGAUUUUUCUGGCCAUAACUUGUGGUUUCAGGUUAGUUAGUUGUUGCAUUUUGAGCAACAAAACACAAUUCCUCCUCACUAUACCAGUAUAUCAGCUUAGAAUAUACUUUUUACUUGGUAUACUGCACAUGUAGUCCAGUUUCACAUGGAAUAGACAUUUAAAUCCUUCUGACUGUUUGAUUUAGGUAACUCAUUGAAUUUUCAGAGUUGGAGAGUAUCAUUAAAGAUAAAAAGAACUAGAGAUGAAGCAUGUGAGUAAAACAAGAUGUAUGACAACAAUCUCUUCAUAGUAGCAGAAGCCUCAACAAUUUCCCCCGAGGAUGCACGAGUGGUUGCAUGCCGUAGAUUGGUCAGGUGUUCUAGUUUCUCCCUCCCUGUACGGAACAUUGGUGCACAUGCCUCAUUCACGCCUCAUCCAUGCCUCUUUCACCUGACAUGUCAGCCUGGUAGAUCAGGUUUUUUUAGGGAAUGUGUAUAGUGUCUUUAAGUACUGGGUUUUUCUAGAUUGGGGGGUUUUGUGUAACUUCAGAGAACAGAAAUAACUAUGUGACAGCAAGGUGAGACUGAGUCAGUGUAAAUGGUGUGUGUUUGUUAUCUCCAGGUGUGCUAGUGAGGCUUGUGGGAGGAGAGAGCCGAAGGGAAGGCCGGGUGGAGCUCUAUCUGUCAGGUCAGUGGGGGACAGUGUGUGACGACGGAUGGACUGAUCGUGACGCUGAGGUGGUUUGUCGACAGUUGGGAUACAGGUUUGUGUAAUGGUGUAAAAUAACCGCAAAAAUCACAGAGACUUGCACAGAGUGAUGAUAAUGAAUGCUUUCCGUGACGUGUAAGCAGUUCAGAAUCAGAUUUCUAAACUUUCAAUACAGCUGCAACUAUUUUUUUUAAUCGAUCACUUAUUCUCAUAUCUUCUCUUUUAUCCCUGUUAUUUUAAGCAUAUUUUUAACUCCAAUGACAGGAUAAAUGUUAAGGGAAUAUUCUCUAAUUCCAGUCUACCUUCUCUGUUCGCAAAUUCAAUCAGCACCUGUUAGACUUGGCACAUAUUCUGCAGUACCCCCACUGCUGCUUUCUGAGUCUGUCUGUCAUCUCUCCAUCCCGUAAACUGUCUCGGUUUUCAUUUGGCACCUCAUCACGCGCAACUUGAAUUUCAAGUUAACCUACGAUGGAAACUUUACAGAAUGCCCUCACUGUUUUAAAAUAACAGUUUCAUUGCUUAAUCUUUAUAAUAGGACACUUUAGUGUGAGAGAGGGCUUCCCAUGAGCCUCUGGUGUGCUGCCAGUCUUUUUAAUAGAGGUUUAGGCUGUACCCUUUAGGACAGCCAAGACAAACAACCAAUUAAAGGGCAGGCCAGUUCUGCAAAUGACACAUCCACAGUGACAGAUAUAUCCACGCAGAGCAAACUACCUCAUCAUGUCCUUCGUGAGUCUUAUUAUCUCCCCCCUCUGAGACACUGGCGAGGGGAAACUAUACCGAAACAAACUUUCCUCAUUUUCCCUCCCAUCACUCCUCAGUGAGGGAUAUUUGUCCCAAAUUUCCUCGACACAUCUGCAUGCACAUGAAAGCCACAUCUGGAGCGCAUAAGCGUGAGAGAGGGAGAGGAAGCGUGUUGGAGGCGUGUUAAAAUCGUGUUAGGAUCAUCAUUCUGUCUCGCACAGGGUGUGGUGAAAGGUCAUUACACACACAGCAGACCCCCAAGGGUUAGAGGUCGUCACGGGGGUGAUAAAACAAAAUAUACACAGAUAUGCACACACUUUCACACAAAUUAUAUUCAAAGUCAACAGUUUGACCCACUGUCAAUGGAAAUUAGAAACUACAGCCUGACUGGAACCGUAGGCCCGAGUCCAUCUGUGUUGAUUUUUGUUCAUGUGACAAGAAUGAAACACUGAGAGGCUUCACUUAUUCUGUGAUCUUGUCUGUGAAUCAUCCAGAAUAAGAUGGUUUCCCACAACUUGUGAUUUAUUUGAGACAUAUGGCUGCAUUUUUUCUUCAAUUCUUUCAGGAAAUGUUUCAAAUUAUUGAGCAGAUCCAUUAAAAUUGAACAAGUUUGACAAGUGUUUAAAGUGGACAGUUCAUAAAAUAUCACUGAGCAAAGGCAGGGUUUCCUUUUUUAUCCUCCUGAACAUCCAGUAUCCAGAGAUUUAUUUGCAUUUUAGACCAAGGGCCGUGUUACUCAUGUGAAGCCACAAAAACAUGGUGAGUAGCUUUCUGACAGUUGCAAGGCUCAUAUCCAAGUGAAGAGGAGUGAUACUUGUUGCAUUACUCAGGGAGAUAUAGGAGAGAAAGACACACAGCUGGAUGUCUCAAUAAGAGACAUGAGAUUCCCUUUGGAUCAGUGAGGAAGCAAGACCUGCCACCCUCCAAACCCCAGGGAUGCAACAUGAGACCCUUCAGGUCGGUUAUCUAUCAAUCUUAAUUAAUAACUCAAACCACUCAAAGCCUAGAGGACUAGCUGUUUGUGAAUAAAGCCAGUGGUGGAGUAACGGUAAAAAUACACUCGCUGCAAGUAUGCAAAUGAGGUUUGUCCUGAUUUGCGUCACAGUCAGGGAAUGUCGUACCAUAACAUCUAUACUGACACCUUUUACCGCCACGAUAUGCUUUUGGACACACAGGCAGAGAGACCGAGAGACGCUCAAUUUGAACUCUUUUGUCGAUGUCUAAAAUAAAGGUGUUGUAAGAAGUAUUUUUAAGAAUUUCAGCCACACAAAAAUGGAACAAACAACUCCAUAUUAAAUUCAAAAAAACAAAAUGCAGAGAGACUAUCACUUGGUGGCUCUUUAAUUGAAGAGAAAAGAUGAAAAAAGUCUGUUUUUUUUUUUUUUUAAAAAGCCUUCUCUUUGGUAUUUUCCCUUUGCUUUACUUAACUAAUGCUUUUCUCCAUUAGUAUUAUAUCUAUGUUAAUUCCCUUUGAGUGGGUUUUCUUGUCUUUUUUCAUAUAACUCAAACUGUUACUCAAUCCCUUUUAUUUUCCAAACACCUCACACUUUUCAGUUAAUUCAGAAACUAUGAAAUCUUUGCUGAUUUUGUCUCCUCUCUUUCAUUAGCGGUGUGGCGAAGGCCCGGGUGAUGGCGUAUUUUGGGGAGGGGACAGGGCCCAUCCACGUGGACAAUGUGAAGUGCAGUGGUGAGGAGCGGUCGAUAGCAGACUGUAUCAAACAGGCGCCUGGCACGCACAACUGUCGCCAUAGUGAAGACGCGGGGGUCAUCUGUGACUACGGCGAAUUGCAACCCAGCUAUAAAGAAGUCAAAGGUCACACAGGUCUGUUACUUUACUAAGAGAAAGAAGCAGCAAAGACCCUGUGAUUUAUUUUGAGUCUGCAUGACUCUGGGGCGUGUUUAGCAAACAUUUCAAUGUGAUAUAUAGACAGAAAAAAUGAAUGAAAAACAAAAAGGAGUGAAAUUUCAGGGGGUAGGAUUUAGAGAGCGGACCAAAGAGAAGACUGAUUCAUGCGUAUGUGUGCAUAUAUAUAUAACCAGAUGGUAAAAUGAGGGGGUGAUGUUAUUGCUUUACCCUGUCCAUCACACAGCAUGUCAGACUCACACCAGGCUAUCUGUUACCUGCACAUAUGCUCGUACUCUUAUUUCUUGCAUGCACACACUGCUGAAGUCAAACUUGUGCAGGAGGGUGUUUAGUCUCCAAAAGUAUGAUAAAUGACAUCUUCUGAAAAAGUACUUAACCCCAGUUUGCAGUUUUUAACGUCUCUCUCUCUCACACCAUCUCUCAUUUAUUUUGUUUAGUUUAUUUGAUGGAUGAAUCCUUCUCUGUUCAGUCAAUCCUAAAUAUUUAAUAAGAGCUACGUCUGAGUCUAAAUGUGUGGUUUAGCAAUCAUCACGCUCCUACUCACUCUCACAUAUCCACACCCAAUGGGUCCUCUUUUGUCUCUGUCAGAUCCUGCCAACUCAAUUUGCGGUCUGCGGCUCAAACACACUCGCCAGCGCCGAAUCAUAGGAGGAGAGAAUUCUCUGAGGUAAGAUGGAGGACAGAAGGGAUUAAUAAUGGUACAGAGGAUGCCUGCCAGAAACCUAUAGAAGGAAGAGAGUUUGAAGUAUAUUCAAGCCAACCAGUUUUAGAUUGAAAACAGCUGGUCUGAAGCUGCAGGCAGAGAGUGGUGUAUGCACUUCCAGACAUUAGCAUACACCACUCUUGUUAUGUGGAGGCAUGCAAAUGCAAAGGAAUGGCAGGUUGUUAUCUGUGUACAUCAUCAAGGAAGUUUUACAAAGAAAAGAGACGGGUGUACAGUAAUUGACUCUGGAAUCAAACAAGAAAAUCCUGUAGUCGGGACUUUUUGUUCCUGGUACAAUGUUUUUGUGUGAGAGAAAAGAGAGAAAACAAGAGAGACAGAAGAUGACAUUUGGACGAAUGGAAAAAUUGUCAGUGCUUUCUGGUAUGCAGCAUUAUAUUAGGUUGAAGAAUAAGUUCCACUUUGUCAAAAUGAGCGUUAAUUUGUGUGUGUUUGUUCGGAUGACAUCCUGAAUAUCUACACUUUAUGUGUGUGCCCAAUUUCUGGCAGCACAUCCAACGAAGAUGAAGUUUGAAAAGAAAUGCUGUCCUUUUUGCAACCUGUUUGAGACUUUGUUUUCUCUAAAAUCAAGGUUCGAUAACCACUUACAGUGACGCUGCUGUACAGUGAAAUAAUUCAAAGUCAUGAAUUUGUAUUGAUGGCCAAAUAGGACGUAUUAUUUCUUCUGCUAACUUGAUGAAGAGUGGAUUAUACGUUCUGUAUUCUCUUUUUAUUCUGUCUGUUUCACUCAAAUUUAUUUGUGCUCUUGUGUUCAUAUCUGUUUUUUGUUUUUUUAGGGGCGGCUGGCCGUGGCAAGCAGCGAUACGUUUGCGAGGGUCCCGAGGGGAUGGGAGGUUGGUGUGUGGAGCAACUGUAAUUGACACCUGCUGGGUCCUCACCUCUGCACACUGCUUCAAGAGGUCGAACAUACACACUUACACACACUCACAAACACAGAGUUUCUAUGUGCCAGAGUUAUGCUGUGGUUAAGAAGCAAUCUAAACUUUCAAGUUAUUGUUAUUCUUGAAAAAAAUAUCACAAAAUUAUGCGCACAACUGUCUGUGAGUAACUGAGCUGCACCAAAGCUCAAGUACUUCCUUGUAGUAUUCAAGUGUGACGAGCAUGUGAGUACAAACCAUGAGAGGAGUUGUGGUUUGGCUGAAGUGCAGAUGGCAGGGGGACAGACAGCUACUCCAUCUCAGUUUCAGCCAGUCUGGGGGCCCCCACAUGGCACCACCAUCUUGGAGUCAUUCACCUAAUGCAUAAAGCAGAUAAAACAGCAGACUAAGAUUAAUGCAAAACGAGGAAAUGAAUUGAGCAGAGAGCCAAUUUGUGAAGAGUGAAAACAGUUGAGGGUUUAAGAGGCACCAACCCUAGAGUCUGUGUUUUAUAUCUGUGAAGCACAUGUGAGGUUUUUAUCCCACUUUUAAGUAUCCUUUGAUUGUUUCACUGGUUCUAACUCUUUUCAGACUCCAGCAGCCCCCGUCGUAUAAAUCCUGAUGUUUCCAUGUUGAAGAGAGGAAGAGGUCAUUCACUAAAUCCUCACUGGUGCCAUUUCUCAAGCCAAUCUUCCAAUAAAGGAACCCCCACUCUUUUCAAUGAGUUACGGAAACUCACAACUGCUGUGCUGUAAAUUAAGACGACCCCUCAGGAUGUAGCAAUCAGGACUUCUCAAACUGAUCCUUCCAAACAGUCCAUUUAGUCCGCCUCCGGUGUGAUUGCACAUGGAAAUAAAACAUUAACCCAAGCAACAUACUAACCACUAUGAGUCACUUCAAAUCCCAGAGCAGGCAUUACAGCUUCUGAAAUAGUUGGCAUCGAACAUACGUUUGUCAUCAAGCGGCGCUGAGACAAGGUGGAUAAACAAGAGGCUUAUCGGAAGAAAGCAAUAAAAUAAUAGGUGUUCACACACCUUAGUGCCUUAGGCUUUGCAUUUUAUAUUGUAAGGGUGGCAGGAUUUCACAAUGCUUUGUAAAUCAAUUUGUCACAGUAAGGUUGAUAGCAUGAUUACAAUUCAGAAAAUCAGCAGCUGCGGAUUGGCACACAGUUUGUAUGCACAAACAGCACAAAACCUCCCGUUUAUUCACUGUGAUUUGUUUUUAUUAUUUCCCAAAAAUACUACAUCUGAACAAACAAACGCAGAGAUUGUAAAACAUCUUCAUGGCUUUCAGUUAAAAAUGUUUUCCAAGAUGUUGUAAGCAGGUAGGGAAGGUCAUUCAGAAGUGCUUUCAUUGCCGGCCUUGUCAGAUAUCAGUUCACUCCACUCUUGGCCGUUAGCCUCAGCUAUGACAGCUUUGAAAAGUAAUUUGCUGCAUGCUGCCAGAGCAUGCAGUCCAAGAUAGGGACUUCCGACUCGACAGUGUCACCUUUCAUUUACGGUAACCAAAAUAGUGUGAUAUGUACUCACACUCACAGUAACAAACAAACAAGUAAACUCAAGCCUAGUCACAGAAAGCACAUGAUCACGUCAGCAAACUCACUCCUGCUUGUUCUCAUUUGCACACAGAUGGUUUGAGCAUUACAUGUGAGGGUAUAGGAAGCACAUUUAAGUGACAUGAUCAUAUGACGUUCUUGCUUACAAGACGAUUUCCGAUUAGUCUGCUCAUAAAAACUGACCCGAGGUCAGCGGUCAUACGUGUUAAACCUAUUUAUAUCUCAUAGCUGGACGACUGGGGCUUUGCUGUAGUUAUAGACUCCAGCGGUAGAUUUUUGACUACUUCAAGUAACAACAACUGCAUGAAAGGUAACUUUGGUAACUGAGUCUUGUGCAUGUGAUGAUAGGUAUGUACUGUACUUAGAUGACUGGAGGGCAGUGUCUCUGCUCUGCCAGGAAGACUUAGCAUUCAGGUCAGGAGAUCUUUCCGGAAAACCCUCCACGAGUUGUAUCUGAACACAGACUUGGCUUGAUCAUAAGGCCCCUCUCUAUCACUCCUUUUCUCUCCUCGUCUUUUUUUCUUCUUUCCUUCUUUCUACCUUAGUCCUGUCGUUGUCUCUCACUCAAGUGUUUUCAGGGAUUUUUAGAGUUUCUUGAAGACAAAUAGCACUCCAAAACAUAAAACAACCUUUAAGUAAAAAUCAAUUCAUAAAGCAUGACAAAGGUAGGAAAAGUUAUCGAAAGAAACAAUAUAUUUUUACAGUGAUUUCAUGGUGAUUUUAAAAGAUAAUACUGACUGAUAACCAAAGCUGCUUGACAAAUAAAACCACAAACUCUAUCCAGAACUCAAACAGGCAGAUUUAUUCUCAGUAUCUCUUAUCUACUAUUUCUGAUCGAACCCUCACCAGAGCUAAUAACUGUUAAUUGUUAAAGCAGUAGUACGGCUCACAUCCUCUCAUUGCCACUUCUAACCCUCGUCUCUAUUUGUCUCUGCAGGUAUGGAAACAGCACCAAGCAGUAUAAAGUUAGAGUGGGCGACUACCACGCCCUCGUCCCUGAGGAGUAUGAGGAAGAGUACGCCGUCGACCAGAUUGUCCUCCACCCAAGCUACCAGUCUCAAAGCAACGACUACGAUCUAGCCUUGGUCCGUCUGUCGCCCGGGGCGGUGGGCCACAUGGCGGGAGAGUGCGUUUCUUUCAGCAGACACGUUCUUCCUGCUUGUCUGCCCACGAGGAAAGAACGAGUGCUCAAGCAAGCCAGCAACUGUCACAUCACCGGCUGGGGUGACACAGGUGAGAAUGUGGGGGUGGUCUUUAUCAUGUUUAAUGAUUUUAAAAAAUAGCUUGUAAGCCACCAGACCUUUUAGUUUAAUUAGGUGCCCCUCAUACAGAGCUGGAUAAUACACCACAGUUUUAAAAAGCCUAGACCUCACCAUAUUUACAAGAUAGAUAUUUUUCACUGAUGUCAUACCCAGGAUGAGAUGGUCCUGUAAAGACAAACUUCUCUGAAAUGUUUUCAAAGUAUGAAAAUAUACAAACGCUCUCCCUUCUUGUCACCGCUUCUACAAAAACAGCUUGAAACCGUCCCACAGGGCUUUUAUUAGCAAACUUAAUAGUUAACAAAUAUCAUUUUAACUUCAACUUUCAACUACUGAAUGUAGAUAUUUUAUGAAUCCAUGUUAUUAUAAGCGUUUUCUCACUGGAAAAAGCCCUCUGGUGUUGACUGUACAAUUGGUUAUAAAGUAAAAUAACGCUUUCUAGGACCGGUAUAGUUUCCUCAGUGGGCUAUAUGCACAUUUUUUUGUUUCAAUUAAAACAGCGAAGUCUUUCACCAGUUCCUGCACUUGUCUGACGUAUGUGUCCAUACACUUGCUUGUGUUAGCAGACACACAUCUGUUAGUGAUCUUUAAAUCACACACAGAUGUCAUAAAUCACAGCAACACGGUCGCAGAGGGGCUGGAGAAGGUGACAGAACGCGCUUAUGCAAAAACACGUACUCCCUCGUGAAUCCGUUUUCCUUAAUAUCGUUAAGUGCGUGCGUAUGUGAGAGAGGGCUUUUAUUUGUUUCUCUUAGUGUUUUGACAACACCAGCUAUUUAGAGUGACUGCGAUGGAGGCAAAGACUGUUUAAUUUAGGGUGAGAAGUCUGGUUUGUUCAGCUGUUUGAGCUUGGCUGUCUGCCACUUUGAUGACACAAAGAGAUAUGCACAUACAAACAGACUUAAGCUGCCGUGCACAGCUAACGAUGUGUGGCCCUGGGAAGGGACAAAAGCUUUUAUCUUGCAUUUUGUGUUAGUCUCCCAGAAAAGUUUAAGUAGUCAUGUAUUGAGAGCUUUUGUAUACUUGAAAGAUGUGUGGUUGAACUGGUGAAACGAGGAAUUAACCAAUUUCAUUCCUAGAUAUAUCAAGAUCAUUUGAAAAUUGAUCAGCGUCACAGCCCUUAUUCCAGCUUGCCGUCACAGAGGCUGUAAACCAAUCAGUCUUUGACAUUUAACACAUUUAAACAUAGAUGCUCACAAAUACCACCCAUUCUAACUCAACUCUGCCCCCUCUUUCUCAGGGCGCUCAUACUCCAAGACCCUGCAGCAGGCCCCCCUCUCUUUGCUGCCUCGUCGUCAUUGCCAGGAACAUUUUCAUGGUGCCUUCACAAGCCGCAUGCUCUGUGCCGGCAGCAUCCAGCCGGAGAAGCGUGUGGACAGUUGUCGCGGCGACAGCGGUGGCCCCUUAGUUUGCGAGCGUCCCGGAGGGGGUUGGGUGGUUUAUGGGGUCACGUCCUGGGGCCACGCCUGCCGGACACAGCAGUCCCCAGGGGUCUAUACAAAAGUCUCUGCCUUCAGUCCGUGGAUACACAAGGUGAUCGGACGAGAAAGCAGGAAGAGGAGAGACAGUGAAAGGUAAACUACAACAGUGACAAUAAGCUUUUUCAUCAGAAAAAAAGACAUUCAAGAGUCACUCAAUUUUCUCUAUCGGAUGGACAGAUGAUUUAGUGAUAUACUUCAACUGUCAGCAACUUAUGUGUAUGAACAGAUAAACCAGUCAUAUAUAUAUUCUGACCGAAUCUGGAGAGCACAAGUCAACUCUGGACUUUUUUCUCAGCUUUUUUAUAUUUCGUGGAGAAAGGGAGGCUUUUCUUUACUUUCAUUUAUUUCAAAAGCACUUAAUUUAAUAAUUUUAUCUUGACUUUGAUGGUGUUCAUUCACAACUGAACAAAUGGUACCAACUUGAGUAUCUUCUUUCAUGGAAAUGUACAUGAAACAGAAAUGUCUUUUAUUUUUUACUCGCUUGCUUUUUUAAAAGUUAUGUUGUAAUUUAUGAAACGUGGUAUUAGCUUGUUAAAAAAGGGGACCACAGUGUUAAAACCAGUAUACAGUAUAAAGCAUGCACUCCUGCAUCCACAGUAUUGGCAUGAUAUAAUUUGCAGACUUGCACUAAGAAACCCCUGUUUAUGUACUUAAUGCAUAAUACUCAGUGAUUUUGUGACAAGUAUUACGGUCAGAGUAACAUUGGCCAAAGUGAAAUAUGUCCUUCACCUCAUGUCUUCAUGUUUAUGUAAUGUUUCUCCAUUUUGACCUUUUUUUUUCUGUGUUAAAAACAGAUUUCACGUCUUAGUAAUCACUCAGGCAUUUUAACUUGUUUCAUUGUUGACAUUUGCAGAAGAAAUGACGGGACUAAAAUUGUCUCUGAGUCAAAGCACAAGACAGCAUUUUUAUGUGUUGAUUCCUUGUUUCAGCCCUUUAACGUCAUGUGCUUUUGUUCAGGUGGGACGGUUAAGUAGUGUUGAUGGAGACAAUCUGGUACACUUGAAAAAACACAACCACUACACUGUCUUCUUAUCUGAUGUUGGACGACUGCCAGGUUUUAUUGUACUGUAACAUUUCUUCAUAAACUUUCAUUUUGUAAAAAAAUAAAAUAAAAUAUGGAGUCAUUUUGAGUUGAUAUCUAAAA